UCUGAAACCGCAGUGCGUGCCGUUGGGUCGUCGCUAGUCGCAUAUCGCGUAUCCGCCCCAUGCUUUGGAUAUUUUAACUUCACCGUUAAACCGAGAGAUUUCGGAACGCUAAAAAGUUUCGGAAAGCAAAAGUUCAGAGCAAAUAAAAAAAGUUCAAGCCGGGGCUUUAAAGGCCAGCUCAUCAUCAUCGGCGUUUGUCGGGCGGAAAAAAGUGUUAAUUGAAAAAUAAUCAGCUGCAAAAGAUGGCAACAGCCUGCCACCUGCCGGAAUUCACGGAAAGCUUUCAAACAACCCACACAGAUGAUUUACGAACAAAUGAAAGUGGGAGUAGCAGUAGCAGUUGCUAUAAAGAACCAUCUAAAACCAGUGGCUUCUUCUACAGCGCCAGCACACAUUAUCAGAGUAAAGUGCAGCAGCUGAUCAGCUUCAGCUUCACCUCAUCAUUUCACCUGCUCUUCAUCACCUGCAUUCUGAGCAUCAGCAAGUUCUGCAAUGCAGCGGCUUUGAAUGCCGCCCAGGUCACGGCUGCCACGCCCACUGCCAGCGAGAUAAUGCACAAUCUGAGUGGAUCGGCCCUGCUGGAGCGACUGAAGGCCAGUACUCUAGGACCGACCCUCGAUCAGCUGAAGCACCUGGCUCCGGCGGCCGCGAAUAGCAUAAGUCCAAGUCCUAGUGGAUCUGGAUCUGGAAUGGGAAUCGGAAUGGGCAACUUUGGCAACUCCAUCAACUCGGUGUUCAACGGAAAUCCCUUGAAGUUCCUAAACGUCUCCGGCAAGAUCGGAACCCCACUGGAUAUAUCGCUCAGUCUGUCCAACCACUGCGAUGAGAAGCAGUUCCAGUGCUCCACGGGCGAGUGUAUCCCCAUACGAUGGGCGUGCGAUGGGCACUCUGAUUGUCGGGACCACAGCGAUGAGCGACUGGAGGAGUGCAAGUUCAUAGAAUCGACUUGCAGCCAGGAGCAAUUCCGCUGUGGCACCGGAAAGUGCAUUCCGCAAAGAUGGCUCUGCGAUCGGGAGAACGACUGCGCCGAUGGAAGCGACGAGGCUGCGUCCCACUGUCGGGGUAAAUGCUCCCCCACGAUGGCGAUGUGUAAAAAUGGUGAGCAGUGUGUACACCGGGAAUUCCUCUGUGACGGCGAUGAGGACUGUCGCGACGGAUCCGACGAAUCGGAAUGUGCCAGGACCCAAACCUGUUCGCCCGAGCAGUUCGCCUGCAAGUCGGGCGAGGGCGAGUGCAUUCCCUUGUCCUGGAUGUGCGAUCAGACCAAGGAUUGUCGCGAUGGCAGCGAUGAGGCCCAGUGCAAUAGGACGUGUCGCUCGGAUGAGUUCACCUGCGGCAAUGGUCGUUGCAUCCAGAAUCGAUUCAAGUGCGACCAGGACGAUGAUUGUGGCGACGGAUCGGAUGAAAAGAACUGCGGGGAUAAACCGAAAUGUGCCCCCGAUACGUUUCAGUGUUCCAGUGGCACCUGCAUUCCCAGUGAAUGGCUCUGCGAUGGGGACCACGACUGCUACAAUGGAGAGGAUGAGAUGCAAAAUUGCACUAGGAUAAACAUCCGUUUUUGCGAGGCCUCCGAGUUCCAGUGCUCGGAUCACAUCACCUGCCUGCACAGGACGUGGGUCUGCGAUGGCGAGGCCGAUUGUCCCGAUGGCGAGGACGAAUCGCCGGCGAACUGCCCCAGCGUAUCCUGUCGGCCGGAUCAGUUCCAGUGCGACGAUCGCAGCUGCAUCGCAGGCCAUUUGACCUGCAAUGGCGAUAGGGAUUGCUCGGAUGGCAGUGAUGAGAAGAACUGCAGCAUUAAUGCGACUCCCAGGGAAUGCAAUGCGACCAGUGAAUUCGAUUGCGGCGGUGGUCAGUGCAUUGCGCUGGAGAAGGUCUGCAAUCGCAAGAAGGACUGUCCGAAUGGCGAGGACGAGCCCGCUGGGAAGUGUGACAUCAACGAGUGUGCCACCAACAAUGGAGGUUGCAUGCACCAGUGCGAGGAUCUGGAGGUGGGCUACAAGUGCGUCUGCCACGAUGGUUAUAGGCUAGCCGAAAAUCAGCGCACCUGUGUGGACAUCGAUGAGUGCGAAACGCCGGGCAUUUGCUCGCAGGUGUGCGUCAAUGAGAUCGGGGCCUUCAAGUGCGAAUGCGAGGCGGGAUAUAUGAGGUUGCUGAAGAAUCACACCAGGUGCAAGGCCAGCGAAGGACAUGCUUCGCUGCUUCUAGCCCGUCGUCAUGAUAUACGGAAAAUAGCACUCGAUAGGCCUGAAAUGACCUCCAUAGUGAAUAGUACAAAGGCCUCGACGGCCUUGGACUUUGUUUUCCGAACCGGCAUGAUCUUCUGGAGCGAUGUGUCCACGAAGAGCAUCUACAAGGCGCCCAUCGAUGAGGGAAGCGAAAAGACUGUGGUCCUCACAAAAUCCUCGGUGACCUCCGAUGGCCUGGCUGUGGACUGGAUCUACAACCAUGUCUACUACACGGACACCGAGAAGUGCACCAUCGAGCUGACCAACUUCGAGGGUAGCAUGGGAAAGGUUCUGGUUAAGGAUGCGCUGGACAUUCCGCGCUCCAUUGCCCUGGAUCCCAUCGACGGGUGGAUGUACUGGUCCGACUGGGGAGCCUCCCCUCGCAUCGAAAGGGCGGGAAUGGACGGAUCCCAUCGAACGGCCAUCAUUACCUACGAUGUCAAGUGGCCCAAUGGCAUCACCUUGGAUCUGGUGCAGAAAAAACUAUACUGGGUGGACGGCAAGCUGAACUCCAUCUCGUCGGCCAACUACGAUGGUUCGCAGAGAAGACAGGUGCUCUACUCCUCUGAGUACCUGAAGCAUCCCUUCUCCAUCACCACCUUCGAGGAUUGGGUCUACUGGACCGACUGGGACAAGCAGGCCGUCUUCAAGGCCAACAAGUUCAACGGACAGGAUGUGGAGCCCGUCACAGCGACGCAUAUGUUGGAACAUCCGAUGGUGGUGCACGUUUACCACCCGUAUCGCCAGCCAGACGGUGUCAACCACUGCCAGUCGGUGAAUGGCCACUGCUCGCACCUCUGCCUGCCAGCUCCCAGGAUUAACGAGCGGAGUCCUCGCAUAUCCUGCGCCUGUCCGACGGGCCUGAAACUGAUGCCCGACGGCCUCAUGUGCGUCGAAGAUCUGCGUAUUCCAAAAGUGCUUCCCACUGCACCGAUCCACCGGACAACCGACCAGUCGUCCAUUGCAACCACAAAACUACCUCAAGAUGCGCACAGUGAAGCGCCGGUUGAAGAAAAAACCGGUGGUAAUACAACAUCCACAGAUGACAAGGUCGAUAAGUCUGCCAAGAAACCAGAGAAGGAUUACGGCCUAAUAGCUAUGAUUGUGAUAGCCUGUCUAACGGGCACAGCUGUAGUGGCAGGCGUGAUCUUUGUCUUCUACCGACGAUGCACGCGGGCCGUCAACUCGAUGAACUUUGAGAAUCCCGUCUACCACAAGACCACGGAGGAUCACUUCAGUCUGGAGAAGAACGUGACGCCGCAUAUGUAUGCCACUGCCAUGGAGGAGGAGUCCGUCAAUCCCCUCUUUGAACCGGGCACCGAAUGUGUCUAGGAUCCACUUAAAUGCAUAUCCAGCAAAUACUGGUGGGCAGACCGGGAAGACCUAUAUAUAAAGCAUCUCCUACUAGUAAUUCCUUUUUGGACCAAGGCCCCAAAAACUCAACUAAAGAAGUGAAAGUUCAGUGUGAGAAAUGCUAAGAAUAUGAAACUUUCAUUUAGCAGUAAGAAAAGAAGAAUGCCAAAAAGAAAAUAGAAAAAAAGACAAGAACGACAUCAGCAUGGGGAAAAUGAAAAUACUCAACAAAUUCAAUUUGUUGCCUAGUUUAAAAAUUUAAUUUAAAUGUAACACUAACACAUGCCCAAACACACACACACACUGACACGCCCAUAAACUAAUAACAACGCAAAACUUUUCUAGGCGCAACGUUUUGACAUCAACUAACGUCGCACCCACACAAACACACACAUCAACGCAUAUCCUUCCACCCACACAAACACCUACAACCGCCCCACACUCACGCACACACACAAGCCCAGAAGAACUCAGAGAAGGAACGAGCCAGGAUUCAGAGCCAGAAGUCCAACUUUCCUUUCACGUCCAUGAAAUCAAUUGUAAAAAGUUAAGACAUUUCGUUGAAGUUUUUGGUACCAAAAGAAACAUUUUGUGAAAUCGAAAAGAAGUAGAGAUAAUAGCUAAACUGAAACUGUUUAUAGACCUAACAAUUAUUGUGACUAGCUAUAAUAUACAUAUAUUUUUUGUUACCAAUGAAUUAAUAAAAAACAGUUAUUAUCUUGA